UACCUUAUUUGCAUCAUCUGAUUCUGAAGAGCGUUAAUUUUCCUUCUUUUGGAUAUGAUAAGUUUAUUUUAUCACAAGUUCACAACCAAUACAAACUUUUUCCUGCUCAGUGUGUGGCCGGAGAUUCUUUCAGAUGGCGGAGAAGAGUAAGAUUCUGAUAAUCGGAGGAACGGGAUACAUCGGAAAAUUCAUCGUCCAAGCCAGCACCUUUGUCGGUCACCCGACCUUCAUUUUAGUUAGAGAGGCCACUCUCUACAACCCUGCGCCUCACAAAUCUGACCUCAUUCAAAACUUCAGAAAUUCCGGCGUCAACUUCAUCCUUGGAGAUUUGUAUGAUCACGAGAGCCUGGUGAAAGCAAUAAAGCAAGUGAAUGUGGUGAUAUCAACUGUUGGCUACGCUCAGUUGAAUGAUCAAGACAAGAUCGUAGCUGCUAUUAAGAAGGCAGGCAAUGUUAAGCGAUUCUUUCCUUCAGAAUUCGGGAAUGAUGUGGAUCGAGUUCAUGCUGUUGAGCCGGCUAAAACAACGUUUGCACAAAAGGCUCAAUUUCGUCGCCUUAUUGAGGCAGCAGGAGUCCCUUUUACCUAUGUCUCAAGCAACUUUUUUGCUGCUAUAUUUGUUAGAACACUGGCACAACUAGACGCCACGGCUCCACCGAGGGACAAGGUUGUUAUCUUAGGGGACGGGAAUGUAAAAGCUGUGUAUAAUAGGGAAGAGGAUAUCGCAAUUUACACCAUUAAAGCAGCGGAUGAUCCAAGAACCUUAAAUAAGAUCCUCUACAUUAGGCCUCCUGCCAACACAAUUUCUAUGAAUGACCUAGUGUCCUUGUGGGAGAAAAAGAUUGGCAAAGACCUCGAAAAAAUAUAUGUUCCAGAGGACCAAGUUGUGAAAAACAUUCAAGAAGCCUCAGCCCCACUGAACGUGAGACUAGCAAUUUCCCACUCUGUUUUUGUUAAGGGGGAUCAGACAAAUUUUGAGAUUGAACCCUCAUUUGGUGUGGAAGCAUCGGAGCUUUAUCCUGACGUCAAAUACACCACUGUAGACGAGAUGCUUGACCACUAUGUUUGAUAUGGGAAUCUUUCAGUUGGUUUCAUCAGUUCAUUUCCUCCUUUUAGGUGUUUAGAGCACGAUGCUGAGGGCCAAACAGAUCCCUUCCCCUUCAUGUCUACAAGAUACUUCGUUAAGUGAGAUAGACGAACAAACUUUUUAAUACAGGUUAUGUGAUCUUGCGGCCUUUGCUUGUUACUAUUAGAUUAUCAAGAUUCUGUUCCA